AUGAACAAAAAAGGGACAACAGCUAAAAAAAGUAAUCUUAAAGCAAAUAAUCCCAUUUUAAAGUCUUCUAACUACGAUGAAAUACAAUACAUAGAUGAAUGGAUUGAUUACAUGAAAGAUUAUAGUCAAUCAAGUAGUUUGUUAUUGAGUAGUGAACACGACGAAGAAUCUUCAUUUUCGUCUAUUAUGAAUUUUUAUUUGUCAGGUGAAGAAAAAUAUCUUUUGUCUUCGGAAGAUUUAAAAUGCGAUUUAAGUCAUAGAGAAGAAAAAAGGGAAUUAAAGAUGGUAAAUUAUGAAGAAGAAAGUGAAGAUUUUGAAAGUGUAGAUCUUUGUUCUAAGGAAAAUUUGGUAGAUUCAAAUGCAAUGAAUAAUUGUAGUGAUGAGUUGGACAAAUUAAGUAUUAAUAGUGAUGAUUUCGAUAAAUUAAGUAUUUGUAGCGAAAAUUCUGAUAAACUAAGCAUUUGUAGUGAAAACACAAAUGAUCUAAAAAUUAUUAAAGAAGAAUCAGAGUCUCAGAACACAAAUUGUAAGCAAUUGACUAAUUUAGAUAAACAAAAUUCAAUUAUAUUAGAGGAUGUUGAACUUAUAAAUCUCAAUAAAUAUAAUGAAUACACUUCACCUGUACGAAUUGAAAAAAAUAUAAAACCUUUUAAAGUACAAAUAACCAGAAUAGAAACCCCAGUAAUGAUAACAAAAAAUAAACAGUCUAAACCUUUAUUGAGUCAAUAUUUUAGCGAAGACUCGUCUUCUCCUAAUAAAACAUUCGGUUUAAUUAGUGAAGCAAAAAAUCGAACAAUUCAACAAAACAAAAGAACUGAAUCAGAUGUACCGUUAAGAAAAUUUGUAAUUGAAACAGAUCAAAGUGUUAUUAACAUUAAAGAUAUUUUAAAAUUGAAUGACCUUAAAAAUCGAACUAUAAUAGGACAAAUAUUAAAGAGAAGUUCAAAAGGCUAUUAUACAGAAAAUUGGGUAUCCCUUAGAGAAACGUUUUUUACAUGUUAUAAUUCCAAACCACAUAAAAAAAGUUCUAGUUGUGUAAUGAACGAAAGAAAUGGAGAUAUUGAACAUCCAUUAGAUUCUUCUCAGUUUUUAACAAGAAAAUAUUCUAUAGAUCUUUUAUAUAGCAAGCUUUAUGUUUCAAAAAAUAGAGGAAAGUCGAGUAUAUUUUCUUGUUUUUCAGAAGCUAUUCCUGCAGAAGAAGAUCUUGUAGAUAUUACUGAUGUAGUAGUAACAAAUGUAAAAGAAUCUACCAUGGGAUACACCCUUACUCUUAAAAAAGAAGAUAGAAAUGCAGAAAUAAAUCUUAACUGUCUUAAUUUUGCUUUUAAAACUAAUGAUGGGUACAGAUUUUUUAAGGUUAAAAAUUUAACUGAAUAUUUGACUUGGAAUGUCGCAUAUAGAUUUAGAAAAAACCAGGUUUCCUUAAAUAUUGGCUGA